AUGCACCACCACCGUCGGAAGUCGAGCAACACGUCUUACACAGACGUUCGGAAGGCCGUCACCGCCACGGAUCUCUCGAAGAAGAGUACAUCUCGCUCCUCUGCUAAGAUUGAAAAGCUGGGCAAGAACCCCCGAGACCGUGAAAGGGAAUGGGAGGAAGAACGCUGGUGGGAAGAUGAGAGGGAGAGCUUUCCUCACUAUUGAUGCCGUAUGAACGAUCAGAACUCCGCAUCAGCGGUGCCCAAUCGGUAUUCCACCAGUCAACAAGAUCAAUACCCAGUAUAUUCUGCUCCGCCAGAACCUCGAGACAUCAUUCCCCGUGCUUCGCCAUCCCGGCCUACUUCGACACUGAUGUCUCCUCCCACAACUCCGGCUGAUGUUCCCUCUGCUAUUUCGGCACUCAAGUCUCUCUCCAUCCGUCCCGCAAGUCCUGCCUCUCCGGUCGGGACUUACCAGUCAACUUUGUGGCCGUUUGGCGGCCGCAGUGUUACAACCUCGAGCCCUAAGAACUCUUACACAAAGACAACCCCCGGUGUCUUCUCAUCCACCUACGAUUGCACCUACUACACGGCUACCGAUUGCUAUGGGACAAGUCACGAACGUCCUCUGCCUUCGCGGAGGCCACCGACUUACUCAAGGCCAAAGAGCAUCGAGCUGGUUACUCCUAUGUUGGGACGGUGA